AUGGCUGAGCCUGUUAAACUCGAAGCGCCCAAUGGCGUCAAGUGGAUGCAGCCAACCGGCCUGUUCAUCAACAAUGAGUUCGUAGCGGCUCAGAGCGGCGAAGCAAUCACCUCAAUCGACCCUGCCACUGAAAAGCCCAUUGCCACCGUCCAAGCCGCCGGCGAGCAGGACGUUGAUGCUGCCGUUCGCGCCGCGCGCGCCGCUCUCAAGGAUCCAUCGUGGAAGCUGCUCUCCGCCACGGACCGCGGCAUCCUCAUGACCAAGCUGGCGGAGCUGAUGGAGUCGAAGCGUGAGCUCUUCGCCACGAUUGACGCCUGGGACAAUGGCAAGACGUACGCCGAGGCGCUCGACGGGGACCUCGCCGAGGCGGUCGGCGUGAUCCGCUACUACGCCGGGUGGGCGGACAAGACGUUUGGGCAGACCAUCAGCACGACCCCCCAGAAGUUUGCCUACACGCUGCGGCAGCCCGUGGGCGUCGUCGCGCAAAUCAUCCCCUGGAACUACCCGCUCGCCAUGGCAACGUGGAAGCUCGGCCCCGCGCUGGCGUGCGGCAACACGGUCGUGCUCAAGGCCGCCGAGCAGACGCCGCUCAGCAUCCUGGUGCUCGGCGAGCUGAUUCGCGAGGCCGGCUUCCCGCCGGGCGUGGUCAACUUUGUGAAUGGCCACGGCGCGACGGCGGGCGCGGCGCUGGUGCAGCACCCGCUCGUGGACAAGGUCGCGUUCACGGGGUCGACGGCGACGGCGGCGCGCAUCAUGGGCAUGGCGGCCAAGACGCUCAAGAACGUCACGCUCGAGUCGGGCGGCAAGUCGCCGCUGCUCGUCUUCAGCGACGCCGACAUGGAGCAGGCCGUCCGGUGGUCGCACUUUGGCAUCAUGUCCAACCAGGGCCAGAUCUGCACGGCGACGUCGCGCAUCCUGGUGCAGGACGCCGUGUACGACGAGUUUGUGCGCAGGUUCAUCGACACCACGACGGCGACGAGCAAGGUCGGCAGCCAGUGGGACAAGGGCACGUACCAGGGGCCGCAAGUCUCCAAGGUGCAGUACGACCGCGUCCUCGAGUACAUUGGCAUCGGCAAGCAAGAGGGCGCGCGCAUCGCGGCGGGCGGCGCGCCGGCGCCCAUCGACGGCAAGGGCUUCUUCAUCUCGCCGACCGUCUUUGUCGACGUCAAGCCGACGAUGCGCAUCUACCAGGAGGAGAUUUUCGGCCCCGUUGUCGCCAUCGCGCGCUUCUCGUCAGAGGACGAGGCCGUCGCGCUCGCCAACGACACCACCUAUGGCCUCGGCGCCGCCGUGUUCACGAGGGACCUGGAGCGCGCGCACCGCGUCGCGGCCGAGAUUGAGGCCGGCAUGGUCUGGGUCAACAGCAGCCAGGACUGCGAUCCGCGCGUGCCGUUUGGCGGUGUCAAGCAGAGCGGCGUUGGGCGGGAGCUGGGCGAGGCGGGCCUGGAGGCGUACUCGCAGGUAAAGGCUGUACAUAUCAACAUGGGCAACAAAUUGUAA